AUGACGUCCAUGAAUCGAAGUAACAACAAUAACAGGAGGGUAUACGUAGGUAAUUUACCUUCCAAUAUAGAUGAGAGAGAUUUGGAAGAUAUUUUUUACAAGUACGGGGAUAUUGCUGACGUUGACUUGAAACUACCACGUUACGGUACUGGCGGCACGCCGUUUGCCUUUGUUGAAUUUCAGGAUCCAAGGUACGCACAUAAAUAUGUGAUGUAUUUCACAUCUUUUGAACCCUUAAAAUACUUUCCACGAUAUCCUUUUGGAUGGUUUGGAUGGUAAGUAUUCUAGGCUUUAAGGAGUUCGGGUUUCGAUUUCAUUUGUGACGUUGAGAUCGAGAAGGCUUUGUUAACGUAUUCACCUGUGGCUAUUUAAUGCUCCGAUUUUCCCUCAAAACGAGUCUUUCGGAAAUUCGCUCAAUCUUUUCUUUUCGGUGAAAUUGGUCAAUUGGCGCUUUUCACCCUGUUCAGAAAAAAGACUCGCAAAGAUGUAAAUUUUAUGACUGUCGAAGUGAAGGUAACCUUAUUAAUAAUUUAUGUACGAACAUGUUGAGAAAAAACCUAUUGAUUUAUUAUCGUUUUCGUCUCUGUAGGGAUGCUGAAGAUGCAGUAAGAGGAAGGGAUGGAUAUGAAUUUGAUGGUCAAAGAAUUAGAGUGGAGUUUCCUCGUGGUGGACGUGGGGGUAGGUCUGGUGGUGGUGGAGGAGGAUUUGGUGGUGGAGGUGGUGGUGGCGGCGGCGGCGGCGGUGGAUAUGGAAGGGGCCCUCCUCCACGUCGCUCUGAGUACCGUGUCUUGGUAUCUGGACUGCCUCCUACUGGUAGUUGGCAAGAUCUCAAGGACCACAUGCGGGAUGCUGGUGACGUUCAGUUUACUGAUGUCUUCAAAGAUGGCACUGGUAUUGUGGAGUAUUCUCAUUAUGACGACAUGAAAUAUGCCCUGAAGCAUCUUGAUGAUUCCAAGUUCCGUUCGCAUGAGGUAUGCAAUUCCAUUAGAUUACUCUUUUGCUUGAUCAAUGUGACAAAAAGGAUUUUGUGAAAGUGACUAUUUUAAUAUAUUAUACCUUUCUUUAAUCCUUUAAGGGUGAAGUUGCUUUCAUUCGUGUCAAGGCAGACAGUAGGAGCCACGGUGGUGGUGGUAGUGGUGGAGGUGGAGGUAGAUCUGCAAGCCGAAGUCGAUCACGUUCAAGAAGUAGAACGCCGAAAAGGAGAUCCCGCUCCCGCAGUCCACGUCGAUCAUAUUCACCAAAGAAAUCCAAGUCCCCUUCAAGGUCACCAAAGAGAAAGAGAUCUGCUUCUCCAAGGCGUUCCAGAUCACGUUCUCGCUCGCGUUCAUAA